UAAACCAUUUGCUCCCUGAUUCCACAUAAAGAACUCCAGCCUUUUCUGGGUACUUAGAUCUCUUCGGAAGCCAAGCUGUCCACAAUGAAGAUCUUUCUGGCUUUCUUUGUUGCAGUGGGCAGCAUUGUGACCCUGGGUGAUGCAGGCUGUAUCGCUGAACGUCGAAAGCCAUGGUGGCCCCACAAAGGCUGUAUGAUCAAUGGAAAAAUCUAUCCCCUUGGACACAUUGAGAGGACAGAAUUUUGCUACAAAUGUGACUGUGAGAAAGAUCAAAUAAGAUGCUGCUCCUGCAUGAUAGAUCCCCCUCAAUACGAUGGAGAGAAAUGUAAAGUCAUUUUCAACAGAAAGACCUGUGACUAUGAUGUGGUGCAGAAGGAUGACCCCUCUAAGGAGUGUUUUUCCUAUUCUCGUAUGUGCUAACACCUGCUCCAAACCUCUCUGCACAGUGGAAAUGCUCUCCUUCCCUCAGAUGAUUUGCCAUCAAAGAGAAGCACCACGACAUGGGAAAAUUGCAAAGAGAGCAUUUCAGUAGCUUGCUUGUAACCUCCUAAUUAUUCUAAUUCAUCUUUCAAGAUGCAUGAUCAGAUAGAGUGUCUCAUUGAUGUCAUUACUGCAUUUGUUGACUACAAAAAAUUGAGAUGAAACAUUAAUAUAUAUGUUUCAUAUUAAUAAUUCAUUUUUGGUCAUGACAUGGAGAAACAGCACCUUAUUUGACAAAGAAAUGGAAAUACAUUUGCAUCUCUACUUUGACAUGCUGUGCAUCAGUAGCCUGGCACGAGUCCGUGUCUGGGCUUUACAGGUUUUCUUCCAGCCAGGAGUCAAAAUCCAUUAUCAGUUUGAAGUGAUGCACUAUUUGGGAGAUGCUGUGCAAUGGCUCCAAUUCGUGGUGUACAAGUUUGGGUCCUCCAGUGCUCUAGGCACCAACUUCGUCGGGUUAUCUGCUUAAAUGAAUGAAGCAGCUAAAAGUUGCUAAGGGUUAUUUAUUGCAGAAGCACAUCAUUCUCAAAAGGCACAGUCACAGACAGCAAAGUCCAUGCUGCGUUUUGGUAUGGAGUCCCAGACAGAAGCAGAAGCUGCCCUUGUCAGGGUCCCUGGAAGCUGAUGUUGCUGCGGCACCUCCUAUCUUCUUGGGUGUUGAGGAUGACAGCGAGAGAGCAAAGCAAAGCAAAAGCAAAUGGCAGUGGCAAAAAGCAGUAGCAAAACCAAAAAAGCAAAAAGCAAAAGCCCCAGCUCUCCCCAAUACAUAUUCCUAUAUAGAAUUUACUCAACAAGCUAAGACACAAACUCAGACCACCACUCCUUAACCUACAGAAUUCUGGUUUCUUAGCGCACCAGGUUAUGUACAGAUUAUGCAUACAACCUAUCUUGUUCUAUCUGAAAAACAGUGUAAGCAAUAUUCUUAUAUAGCUGUAUUAUGUCUAAGCACUGUCUAAAAUUACGCUCCUGGAGUCUCCACUAAAACCAAGAGUAUGUUUUUCCACCUUCACUAGAAUUCGCACCUCGACUCUGGCAUCUGAACCUCUCACUUAGUAAAAACAUUAGAGCUCAUAUUAAAACUUACUGACUCACAUACAUAUCCUAAAACUUAAACUUCCACCUCUACUUUAUGUGUGAGUGGCAUAACAUACUUCAAUCCAUCCAAAGACUUUAAUUCAGUCCAGGUACUCUGAUUUCCCUCUUAAGAAUUCAGAGACCCACGACUCCACUGACUUUAAAAUGGGUGCAGGGACUUCUGGUAAGACCUGAGCUGCUCUCACCUCAGAAAGACCAGUGAGGAUGAGAGACCAUCAUCCUCUUUCUCCCAUGGUUUCCCUUAUUUUCAUCCAUGUCAUCACCCAACGCUGGCAGUGUCUGUUCAUGUCCAUUGCCCACUCUGAGCAGACCUGAAGUUUAAAGCAAUGUUCCAAUGUUUAAACUCUGAUAGUCUGACUUGUCCUCUGCCAAGCCCUGAUCCUGAAAGUCUGCACACACUGUGCUGCUUUAGUGGUUCUCAGCCACUCUGAAAAGGAGAUCCAGAUCAGCCCCUGGACACAUGCUUCCUGAUGGCAGCAGAGCUUGAGGUAGUAAGAAUGCAGAUGCCUUCUGUCUCCUCAGUACAACAAUUGCCCACGUUCACAGGGGAAUGAAGUUCAGCUUGCAAGCAGGGCUUGGGAAUGAAAUCUCCCACCUGGCAAUGCCUGGUGUCCUAAAUCUGCCCACAUAUAUGAGAGCAGACUACAAAACCCUGGUAAAUGCUGCUUCUACAUGGAGCUCUCCACUCCAGAACUGGAUGUUGAAAAGCCACAACAGUCUGUAGUUAAGUGUUCCAUGGUUUGAACAGAAACACACCUUCCAAAAGAAGUGGAUUAUUUAAUGAAGUUCCAGGAUCACAGCAAAUCUUUUGUCUUGUGAAAGUAGGAGGUUCCACAGAGCUGAGCAUUUUUACUGUGGGGAUCCUCAUUUGCCCCCCCAGUCAAGCGUCAAUCCCCAUUUAUUCUGCAGGGGAGUUUUCUUUACAAGUCAAUCUAUGCCAUGCUCUGUGAGCCAUUAUUAAAAUCAAAAAGCUUUAAUGUGGUGUAUUUCUUCUGAUUUUGGUAAUUUGCUUAUGAACUUCUUUGAAGGUUUCUAAGACCUGCAAGUAAAAUAACUUGGUUUGGGUGAAAAUAUCCAAGUAUUUUGCAGGCAUUGGUAUUCCACACUUCACCUUUUAACUUUCUCUUAAAGUGCUGCAUGCUGGAUAUCUGGAUAUCAGCCAACAGCUCAGUGUUUCUUUACAAGUAAUUCCUGUAAAGAUGAAAAAUGUGAGGGGCCAGAAUGAAGAGUCAGCUCAGCUUUUUCCAGUACAGACAUUUGCAUACACCUUUUAAAAAUCUUGGUGCCCAUUCACUGAUUCCAUCCUGUCAUUCCUGUAAAUGGAGCAUGUGAAAACACACAUACCCCUGUUGCCUAAACUUCUAAAGUAAGUUUUGCUCAAAAGCUUUUUGUGUUCUGCAGGAGAGGAAGGGAUUUGAGACUU